AUGACUAGAAAACAGCAACAAGGUGAGACUAUUGACAAAUAUGUGUCGGAACUGAAACUUUUGAGCCAAGAUUGCGUUUUUGAAGCUGUUAAUGCGAUUCAAUACAGGGAUCACUACAUUCGUGAUGCUUUUAUCAAUGGCUUAGCCUCGUCAUACAUACGACAGAGACUAUUUGAAAAUAAAACUUUAGACCUAGCUGAAGCAGUGAAACAGUCUAGAGAUCUUGAAAUGGCUGAAGCUCAAGUCGAGAGCUAUCCAAAAUCUAUGUACGGAAUGCAAACUUUUGCAACGAAUGAAUUGGCACAGCAAGCUUGUCAGUACGAAUUCCCACUACAACAAAAGGAAGAAGCGACUGUGUCCGCUAUUAAAAAUGUUGAUGGCAAGUGUUAUUUUUGUGGGUAUGACAGACACUCUAGAGAUCGCUGUCCAGCCAGAGAAGCAACUUGUGGGAAAUGUAACAAGACAGGGCAUUAUGCGAGAGUCUGUAAAAGUAAUCCAACUCAACAUUUUAAAGUAAAACAGAAGACGUCUAGUACAUCAGCUGCACUAAUAGCAACAACACAUAAUACAUCUGUAUUGAAGGACUCUACAGUUGAAGCUAAAGUGAAUGGCCUGAAAGCCAAUUGCUUAAUAGACACCGGGAGUACAUCAAGCUUUGUAAACUUGAAGUUUGUUCAGUUAAACAAAAUUAAAAUGUAUAAUGAAAGUGGACAAGUAUCACUAGCUGCUUAUAAUAUGAAAUCAAACUUCCAUGGGUUUGUUAAAAUCAACCUAAAUCAGUUGAAUCACAAUUACAACAAUUUUAAGUUGACUGUUCUUGAAGAUCUUUGGACUGACGUGCUUAUUGGACAUGAUAUCAUGAAACUCCACUCAAAUAUACAGGUUUGGUUUGGAGGUAAGAAACCUCCUCUGUUGGUGUGCUCCUGUGCCAAAGUUGAACCACCCAAACUAUUCUGCAAUUUAACUCCAGAUUGUAAGCCAAUAGCCACAAAAUCACGACGUUACUCAGAUGAAGAUAUAUGCAAUUUAUAA